AUGUGUUCGUCUUUCAAUUUCCCACAUCCGACUACUACAACCGAUGAUCUCGAGAAUCUUUAUAAGGUGUAUUGGGUUGAUCGUUCCGUCGUCCUUGACUUGGUCGGUACGCAUGAGACUCCCGAAACAGUUAGAGAAGGCUACUACAGAGCCUAUCUUUCCUUCUUUCACUCCUGCGGUCUUUUCUUCCCGAUCCCGGAGCCAACACUCGAGGUCCUGGCGGAGCUUGGGUUAUCGCUUACCCAGCUUCUCUCAAACUUUCUUAGGCAUCUUGUCGCCUUCUUGGUUAAGGCUGGGGAGGAGGGUCUUGCUUUUGGUCUUAACGAGUUUCGUCAGCUCAUUCUGGUGAAGCGGAAUAAGCAGAACCCUGGUACUUUCCUCGUGUCUCCGCGCCCAGGUCGCCACAUCAUUGAGGACAUCCCUUACCGCGACGAGAAGUGGCGCGAGCAAUUUUUUGUUUUCAAUAUGGACCGAGCAUCUAUGGGUGACUUUGACUUCUCCCAGCUUCCCCGGUGUUGGGCCGAGAAUAUCGUUCCUUCUGGAAGCUCUUCAAUUUCAAAUGAGAUCCGUGGUCUGAUGAGGGUCCUUCGGAGAGGUCGUUCGAACUGGUCUACUUUUGAUCGAACUCGGAUUCAAACUGUCUUCGCCUUGCCGGUGCGGACCGACAGAGCUCCUUUGGUUGAGGAGUCUGAAGACGAGGCCGAACAUUCCCAGGUGGUCGUAGCGACUCCUUCUGUUCAGUCCCAGUCUUCAGAUCGGCUAACUAGACAACUUGUGAGGAGGUCGUUGUUCCGAACUUCUGGGUCUGCAUCGAGGGGCCGAGCUUCCGGAAAAUCUCCCUUGAUCUCGAUUCAUGAUUCCGACGACGAAGAUGUUUCAGGAGAGAAUCGACCUCCUGUCUCGUUGAGUCCUGGCUCAGAAGACGAUACCGUGGCGGCGACUCGCAAGCGACGUCGGUCAUCAGAGGAUGCCUUGCCUGGUCCGUCUCUUCCUAGGUUUGUUUCUGAGGGAGAUGGUUCUUUGUUUGCGGCCCAAAGCGACCUAAUUUCCCUCGCUGGUCGCAUGAGGUCUGCGGGUUGUCGUCUCCCAUCUCUCGCUUCCUCAGUCGAGAGGGAAGCCUACGCCAAGGUUGCUGUGGCAAGCUCUAAGGUGAUGGAAGCUUUUAAUGAAUAUGUCGUGAUGAUGGAAGAUCAUGUCGUGGCUUCUCGGAACGACACGGAAAUCAAGAGCAUUGGUUUUGAGAUCAAGACGCUUUCGAAGGAGCUCGAACCCACCAAGCGAGAAGGGAAGAAGGAUCCGAAAAGAUCGAAGCUUUGA